GCUUGUCGCAACAUGUUGGACAGCAAAGGCUGCGAUAUCGAACAUGACUGGUUUACUGCUAUGCUAACGUUUGGCCUGUGCUGUGGCCUGAUAAUAUCCUAUCUGCCCCAGGUACUGCUGUCUGUUGUGUGGGCACCUGAGGAUUAUCCAGGCCAAGUCGUCGGAGGGCUUGAGUCCUUUGUUCCUGCUGCUUGGAACGACCUCUGCUGGGGCUGCUGUGAUGAAUAUUCUGGUUUGCUCAAGUGCUGUUCUGUCGUCAAAUUCGGGACGUGUGUGGAGAUUUCGGCGGGAGUGGUGCAACUUUCGAUUCAAUGGGUUGCGUUUAGCUUGAUCUUUGUGCUCUAUAUGAUUUACUACCCGGAGAAUCUCAAGUACCUGAAUCAAGAUUUCCAAGUGCAGACGCAGGAUACGGUUCUGGUCGUCAAAUCGACCGCGCUUAGUCCGGAAUGGAAGUGGUCGAUUGUACUUGCGUGGGCUGCUGCUCUCCAUUUUAUUGUCUCGGCGUUUACGACUGCGUUUAUCCUCACAACGAGCGUCAUUGAACCAGGAGCGGAUUCGACCCUUCCACCGGCGGCGUAUUCAUGGGCCAGGUUCCUGGGGGUUAGCGCUGCUGUAUUUGCGAGUGUGCAGUAUGCCCCACAGCUGCUGCACACGUACCGAACGAAGCUCGUGGGUGCCUUGAGCAUCCCGAUGAUGUGCAUCCAGACGCCUGGCGGGAUCCUCAUGGUGACCAGUAUCGCCCUGCGACCUGGAACCAACUGGACGAGUUGGAUAACGUUUGCGGUGGCAGCGGUCAUGCAGGGAAUGCUGUUGGUAAUGUGUCUAUUCUGGAAGAGGAGGCAGGCGCGGCUGCGGAUUGAUGACUUUGGCGUUCCGUUGGACGCGCCUGUUUCGGUUGAGAAUCCUGUCCCUGCGCUGGUUGUGACCCAGCCUUCGGACGAGCCUGCUGUCCAUGCAGAAGCCUCUGAACAGAGUCCGUUGUUGCCCAAGAAUACGGGGAAGAGAGGAUGGUUUAGUUAG